AAAAUUCACUGUGACCGUUAUGUGUCAUCGCCAAUGAAAGUGACGCGGUGCAGAUUUUUUUAUUUGUUUUAUUUGUUUAAAAAUAUCCGGUUUCUGUCUUCUGUUCCUAUAUAGGACAUAAUUAAUGCUAUGAGCGAUGUUCUUAAGUACUCGAAAGAGCGUUCCCGCAAACGUCGUGUGCUUUUGGCCCAAACUUUUGGUCUACGAGAUGUGAAUGACUUGCCAAAGGUGCUGGGAAAUGUUGAAGAUACAAACAACAGUCGUCAGCUUCUAAAUGCCAGCGGUCAGCGGGAUGAGGAUGAUGCCGGAUCGUCGUCCUCAAAAAAGACUCCCAAUGAAAUAAUAUACCGGGACUCUUCAACUUUCUUGAAGGGCACACAGUCAUCGAAUCCUCACAAUGAUUACUGCCAACAUUUUGUAGAUACUGGUCAGAGACCACAGAAUUUCAUACGUGAUGUGGGAUUGGCCGAUCGUUUCGAGGAAUAUCCCAAGCUAAGGGAACUGAUUAAAUUGAAAGAUAAACUGAUACAGGACACUGCAUCGGCUCCCAUGUAUCUGAAGGCAGAUUUGAAAACGUUGGAUGUGAAAACUUUGGGUACAAAAUUUGAUGUAAUUCUUAUAGAACCGCCAUUGGAGGAAUAUGCCAGGGCAGCACCAUCUGUGGCAACAGUGGGUGGGGCCCCGCGUGUGUUUUGGAACUGGGAUGAUAUACUAAAUUUGGAUGUGGGUGAAAUCGCUGCCCAUCGAUCAUUUGUCUUCCUAUGGUGCGGUUCCAGCGAGGGACUUGACAUGGGCAGAAAUUGCCUUAAAAAAUGGGGUUUCCGACGCUGUGAGGAUAUUUGCUGGAUUCGCACCAAUAUCAAUAAGCCAGGGCAUUCUAAGCAACUGGAGCCCAAGGCUGUCUUUCAACGCACUAAAGAGCACUGCCUAAUGGGGAUCAAAGGCACCGUUCGAAGAUCCACCGAUGGUGACUUUAUUCACGCUAAUGUUGACAUUGAUUUAAUCAUCUCUGAGGAGGAGGAAUUCGGCAGCUUUGAGAAACCCAUCGAGAUCUUUCACAUCAUUGAGCAUUUCUGUUUGGGGCGUCGUCGUUUGCAUUUAUUUGGUCGGGACUCAAGUAUCAGGCCCGGUUGGCUUACAUUGGGUCCCGAACUAACCAAUUCGAAUUUCAAUGCCGAACUAUAUCAGACAUAUUUCGCCGAAGCUCCGGCCACGGGGUGCACAAGUCGCAUUGAAAUGUUGAGGCCCAAGAGUCCGCCGCCUAAUAGUAAGGUGUUGCGCGGACGUGGACGCGGUUUUCCACGUGGCGGUGGUAGUGGACGUGGUCGACCAAGAUAAAUGGACAACAAGUGGGAUAAAUACUUUCUCAAAUUGCAUGUAUUCCUAGGAUUUAAGCUAACAGAUUGAUUAAAAGCUAACGAAUAAGA